AUGGGGCUUAGAAAGAUUUUCAAAGCUACGGCCCCGGUUCAAUCAGUUCAGGGGAAACGGGGCUAUGAGUUUGGUAAGCCUCUCGGCGCAGUUGUAUUCAUCUUUGGUCUCUCAACUCUUAUCUACGCUUUCACCUUCCUCUGCAAUGAUGUGUCUGGCUGCCCUGCUCCGUCGCUGCUCAAUCCGUCGACAUUGUCCCUCGAUAAGUUGAAGGAGGAAGUUGGUUGGCCCCAAGACGGUCUCAAAGCUUUCUUCGACAUGCGAGUGACCCUGUGGGUGCUGAGUUAUUACUUACUCAGUCUGGUUCUGUACGUGUUUCUACCCGGCGAGGUGGUUGAGGGCACUGAACUGGCCUGCAAAGGAAGGCUUCGCUACAAGUUCAACGCGUUUUCUUCUGCCAUUUGGAUCCUCUCUGGUUUAGCUCUGGGCACAUACGUGUAUGGCGCUGAUUUCAUCAUAUGGGUUUUUCUCUGGGACAACUACUUGCAGAUUAUCACGGCAAAUUUGAUGAUCUGCAUAAUCCUCGCCACCUUUGUUUAUGCAAAAAGUUUCUCAGUCCCUAAGCCUGAUCAACUCAAUCCCGAACUAAGAGAGUUGGCACCGGGUGGCCACACCGGAAAUGCUCUGUAUGACUUCUUCAUAGGUCGGGAGCUAAAUCCGCGGGUAAAAUUGCCUAUUCCUUUUGUCGAUGAGGCCUCAAGGACGAUUGAUAUCAAUGUAUGGUGUGAGAUGAGGCCAGGACUGCUUGGGUGGAUCAUAUUGAACUUGUCCAACAUGGCCCGCCAAUACAGAACGUAUGGCUACAUCUCAAACUCUAUCGCACUCUCGACCGCAUUCCAAACCUUCUAUGUGCUGGAUGCGCUGUACAUGGAACGAGCAGUUCUAACCACGAUUGAUGUGAUUAUGGACGGAUUCGGUUAUAUGCUUUCUUUUGGACACCUGGUGUGGGUACCCUUCAUCUACAAUCUCCAAACCAGAUAUCUUGCCGUUUUCCCUUUGGAAAUGUGCUUGAAAGAUAUUCUGUUAACUUUGACCAUUACCGGUGUGGGAUACUCGAUCUUCCGCGGCGCCAACAAUCAGAAGAACCGUUUCCGUACGGACCCCAACGACCCCCGUGUGAAGCAUAUCAAAUACAUCCAGACAUCAAGUGGCUCUAAGCUGAUGAUUUCCGGCUGGUGGGGAUUGGCGCGCCAUAUCAACUACUUGGGCGACUGGCUGAUGUCGUGGUCGUAUUCAUUGCCCACCGGGUUUGCUGGCUAUACCAUGGUUGAAAGUAUUAACAGCGCUGGUGACGUACAGAAACAGGCCAUACAGACCCCUGAAGUCCGCGGGUGGGGAAUUAUUUUCACUUACUUCUUCAUGCUUUAUUUCGGUGUCCUGCUUAUCCACCGGGAGGGACGUGACGAAGAAAAGUGUAAGAGGAAAUAUGGCGCUGACUGGAAGCGCUAUACGUCUACCGUUCGCAGCCGCAUCGUCCCCGGUAUCUACUAG